GAAGUUUCCUCAAACUUUGGAUAUUCAUACCCGACCUGUUUACGAGGGGAAAUAACUCCGAUGUGAGACGAAAAGAAAGUAUCUGACUGCAUCACACCGAUGAUGAAAUGGCUAUGAACAUUUCAAGAACUAUUGGCCAAAUUGCCAAACGAUGCUUCUCGUCAAAGGUACCAAGUGCUCCAUCAUGGACUACUAUAGAUGAAAAUAAAUUGCCAAAGGUUCCAGAGCUGACAACAGACGUCAUUGAACUGUUAGAACGUCUCUCAUUGGUGGAGUUUAACAACAAAGCUGGAGUUGAUCGUCUCACUAAAGUGAUUCAAUCAGUCAACAGACUGUACACGGUGGACACGGACGGUGUUGAGCCGCUGGACACGGUGUUGGAGGACAGAGUGUUACAUCUGAGGGAUGAUGAUGUUACUGACGGGAAUUGUAGGAAAGACAUCAUAAGUAAUGCAACCAAGACUGUAGAGGACUACUUCGUAGCCCCACCAGGCAAUAUACCACUGAUGAAGAUAGAAAGGGAUUACAAACCAGACACUAAAUCAGACUCCACAGAAUCAGACUCCGCCACGUGACAAAGAAUAAUAAAAAGUUGUGUGUGUGUGUGUGUGUGUUUUUAAGCUUUCGACAAGUAUUUGAACUAAGUAGUGUAUCGUGAUUAAUAAAGGGAGUUACGAAAAAA